AGUUUGGGAGAGAAAACAGUGGAAAAUGUCUCAGUACUCAGGAAAGAUCGUGUUCUAUGAGGGAAAAUGUUUCACUGGAAGGAAGCUGGAGAUCUGCAGCGACUGCGACAACUUCCAGGACCGCGGCUUCAUGAAUAGAGUCAACUCUGUGCGUGUGGAGAGCGGGGCCUUCAUCUGCUUCGACCAUCCAGACUUCAAGGGCCAGCAGUACAUUCUGGAGCACGGAGAGUACCCCGAAUUCCAGCGCUGGAAUGCCCAUAACGACCACAUGGGCUCCUGCAAGCCAAUCAGAAUGCACGGAGAGCAUUACAGGAUGGAGCUGUUCGAGGGAGACAACUUCACCGGCCAGUGUGUGGAGCUGUGCGAAGACACUCCUUUCCUGCAGGCUCGAGGACUCACCAAGAACUGCGUCAACUCCAUCAAGGUUUAUGGAGAUGGAGGCUGGGUGCUGCAUGAGGAGCCAAACUAUCGUGGGCGCAUGUACAUCGUGGAGAGAGGAAACUACACCUCCUUCACACAGUGGCAGGCGGAGAACCCCACCAUCCAGUCUGUCCGCAGGGUAGCAAACUACUUCUAAAGCAGUCCUCAGUCUGUGGCAACGUUACUGCAGGGAUGAGAUCAUCCACCGAGGGAAAACGCACCGUACUGUCAAGUAAUCUCACGCUCACUCUGUGGGUCUGUAAAAUAAUAAAAUAUGAA